UUUGGUUGUUAUUGGAUAUUCUACCAUUUGUUAUAAUCAAAUAAAAAAAAUGUAAGCUACUAACUGCUUAUCACAUAAUAAGUAGAAAUUUUCGGAGUACUCCCAGGCGCUGGCAGAGUUCUUUUUGAGAACGUAUACAUUUUUUAAAAGUACUGGGAAUAUCAAGCCGUAAUACUGAUAAGUAAUUGUUUGGUAUAUAAAAGCCCCUGACAGAGCUUCCCAAAGCUGAAGUACCGAAUGUUAUCGAUCCAUCGAUACUAUCGAUCGCCGCCUGACAAGAGUGGCGAGAAUAGCAGGAAGGAACAAAACAAUAGACAAUAAGUCAAUCCAAAUCCAAGCCAAACGGAAGAUCCAACUCGCUGGCCCCGGAACCGGAAUGGCUGGAUUCUUGAAGACACGGAAGCGCAGCCGGGAGGACGACCUGCCCUGCGAAUCGACGCCCCUCUCGAAGCGCAUCAACAACCUGCACCUGAACUACGACGACGGCAACAGUAGCAGCAGCAGCAGCUGCAGUAUUCCGCCCCUGCCAGGAGGAGGAGGAGGAGGAGGCGGAGGUGGUGCCCCCGGCGGUUGCCCUGGUGGCCCCGAGGCCGCCGGCUACGAGUACAAUCCGGAACUGGGCGCCGAGCAGAAUCCCUUCUACUACGAGAAGAACAAAAUGCUCUACGACCUGCACGUCGAGCGCAUCAAGCGGAGCAGCCAUUAGCCGGUGGCCAGUGGCCAUCAGCCGGCAGCCGCCUGGAUUCGCACUCCGGGCACCGCCAUUCAAGUGCCAACCGAGCUCUCCGCCACCGCCGCCACCACAACACUCUGUAGUCCUAGUUACGUAGCCCGUAGUCGCGUCCGUUCGUCCUAGUGUGUCCACGGAGCUGGAGAGACGAGACCCUCGGCACUGGCGUUUGUGUGAUAAGCAUUGUUUACUUGCAAAGCAUUUUGGCAUCGCCUCGGAUGCAGACACAUAGUACUAACAGAGAUCGAGCCAAGACUUCCCCAAGCACGCACAUGCACAUUUGUAUCCCCCGCCCCCGAAAACCAAACCCAAAAUGUAAUUACAUACGUAUAGUUAUGCUAAGAAUACUCUAAGAA